CGUCGCGUUACGCUGCGUCGACGCUGCGCCCGUCGUGACCGUCUCUCUCUCUCUCUUUCUCUCUCUAUCGUGCCCCUUUCUUCGCCCGUCGGGGCACCGUGUGUAUGUGCACAAGUGUCGGAGGCAUCGUCGGGAGCCUGUGUCAUCGCACGGUCACGGCGAUCUCGGAGCGGAGCGGAGCGAAUCCGGAGCGAGUUCCAGACGCAGCAGCUAGUGAAAUCCAGCAGUCAUAAAACCGUUGUCGCCAUGUAAAGCAAAGAAGAAAUAUCGAUCUCUCUUUCUGUGAUAUAAACUAUUGAGAAACAUUGAAUUUAUAACGUUAUCGUUCGAUCGUCACCGGGACAAGAAGUAUCGAGGCACGUGAUCGGCAUCACUGGCGUGUGAGGUGGAAGAAUUCCGAAGAUAAACAAGGAACGGUCGUCGCGGAGCAAUAAGCUGGAGCACAAGCGGGCAGGGAAAGUAGCGGCCGCUGAGGAAGGCGGAGGUGGUGUCGACGAAGAGGGUGGAGGAAUCCGACGGUGGCGAUCGGUGGCUGCACGUCGUCGUCGGCUGCCGUGACGCGAAGAAGCGCGAGAGGAGGCAUGAGGAGGCGAGAGUGACGACGCUGCCGGUGUGCUGCAUCCUCUCGCACGGAUCGUGAGAGGACCGGCGGCCGUCCACCGCCGCGGCGGCAGUGGGGCCCACAUGGCGAUAAGGAUGAUCCCCUUCAAUAUGGCGGGGGUAGCAGGCUUCCUAGCCACCUGCGCCGCCGUUGCUGCUUCCGCUGCCCGCCUUCUGCCGUUGCUGCUGUUGCUAAUCUACCCGCGAGGGACCCCGGCGGAACAUGUUAUUCUCUUGGACACGACAACGGAGGAGAAACUCGACUGGACAAGAUACCCGUUCGGGCCUCAAGCUAACACUCCUGGCUGGGUCGAGGAGUCUUUCACGAACUUCGACAAAGGUAUCAAUUGGCGGAGUUACGUCGUAUGCGACGUAGCGUACACCAACGUGAACAAUUGGCUGUGGACACCGUUCAUAGAGAGGGGUCCGGCGAACCGCAUGUACAUAGAAAUCAAUUUCACGACUCGCGACUGUUCGCUAUUCCCCGGGAACGCUCUCAGCUGUAAGGAGACCUUUAGUCUACUCUACUACGAGUUCGACGCUGCCACCAAGGAGCCACCCCCGUGGGAACCAGACAGUUACAAACUUAUUGGUCGUAUAGCUCCGGGUGAGGGUAGGUUCAACACGAACACCGAAGUGAUGAUAAACACCGAAGUAAAGUCGAUCCCAGUGACGAAGAAGGGCGUCUACUUCGCCUUUCGUGACCAAGGCGCCUGCAUAUCGAUCCUGGCCAUCAAGGUGUAUUACAUCAGCUGCCCCGAGGUCUCGGCGAACUUCGCCCAUUUCCCGGCCACGCCGACUGGUCGCGAGGUUGCGCUUAUCGAGCAAUCGCGCGGCGUUUGUGUCGCGAACGCCGUCAAAAUCGCCCAGCCGACUUAUCUCUGCAAGGGUGAUGGCAAAUGGUACCUCGCGUCGGGUGGAUGUCACUGCAAACCCGGCUACCAACCUGACGAAGCGAAGCAAGAGUGCAAGGAGUGUCCGAUAGGCAAGUUCAAGCACGAGGCGGGCUUGACCACCUGCGAGCCAUGCCCCGAGCACAGCAAAGCUCCUGAUUACGGCUUCACGGAGUGUCGUUGCGAUCCGGGCUAUUAUCGAGCGGAAAAGGAUCCUAAGAAAAUGCCUUGCACGCAACCACCUUCGGCGCCGCAAAACCUGACUGUCAACUUUGUCGAUCAGUCCACGGUGAUCCUUUCUUGGAACGCGCCGCAUAUGCAGGGUGGCAGGUCCGACACGACUUACAGAGUGGACUGCGAUUCCUGCAGCAUGGGCGUCAAAUACAUUCCCAAUACCGAGAUCUUCAACGACACGAAGAUCACGAUAACCGGCCUGAACGCGGUGACUACUUAUCGCUUCCAAGUGUUCGCCGAGAACGGCGUAUCGUCGUUGGUCGGCAAAUCGGAAUACGUAGACAUUACCGUUACGACGGAGGCGAGCGUGCCGAGUCUAGUGAGCAACGUCAGGAUCACGAGUGUCAAGAGCUCGGAGCUCAGCAUCAGUUGGGACGCGCCGGACGUCGGAGCUGGCGGAGACAACGAUCUCGUCGAGCGAUACGAAGUGAGGUGUUACCCGCGCUACGACGACGCCACUAAUGCAACCGUCAUUCAAACGUCCGAGCUGUCCGCCACGUUCAAAGGUCUCAAGCCUUCCACGGAUUACGCGAUACAGGUUCGCGCUAAGACCACCCGCGGCUGGGGCGAGUACACGCCGGUGAUAUUUAAAAAGACACCCCACGCGAUGGGUCUAGAUUACGUCGGCGAAGACGACAACAUGCAAGUUAGGAUAAUCGCAGGGGCGAUCGUUGCUGUGGUCGUACUUCUCGUGAUUAUUAUCAUCAUGACCGUUCUGAUCCUUAGAAGCAGGGCCUCGGACGAGUGCAACAAGAAGCAGCCGAGCGACUGCGACACCCUGGAGUACAGAAACGGCGAAGGACUAGUUGUGACCUACAUGCACUGCAAAAUGGACAGUUCACCGAUUGUGACAACCCAUACCAACAACAAGAGCAAGUCCUCGCUGACCACGCCGCUGUUCACACCUGCAGUGGGGGUCGCCGCGGCAGGCGCAGGCGGCGCAGGCGGUGCAGGUGCAAGGAGUUACGUGGAUCCUCACACCUACGAGGAUCCGAAUCAAGCGGUACGCGAAUUCGCCAGGGAGAUAGACGCCGGAUAUAUCACGAUAGAAGCCAUCAUAGGUGGCGGAGAGUUUGGUGACGUCUGCCGAGGGAAAUUGAAAUUGCCUCCCGACGGACGGACGGAAAUAGACGUGGCCAUAAAAACCCUGAAGCCGGGCUCUGCGGACAAGGCUCGUAACGACUUCCUGACGGAGGCGUCGAUAAUGGGCCAGUUCGAGCACCCCAACGUGAUAUUCCUACAAGGCGUCGUGACGAAAAGCAAUCCGGUGAUGAUCAUCACCGAGUUCAUGGAGAACGGUAGCCUCGACACUUUCUUGCGCGCGAACGACGGCAAAUUCCAAGUGCUCCAGCUAGUGGGCAUGCUGCGCGGUAUCGCCAGCGGCAUGCAAUACCUCGCGGAGAUGAAUUACGUGCAUCGAGACCUCGCUGCGAGGAAUGUGUUAGUCAAUGCCGCCCUGGUUUGCAAGAUUGCCGACUUUGGACUCAGUAGAGAGAUCGAGAGUGCCACAGAGGGAGCUUACACGACUAGGGGCGGUAAAAUCCCGGUACGGUGGACAGCACCGGAGGCGAUAGCGUUCCGUAAAUUCACGAGCGCCUCCGACGUUUGGAGCAUGGGUAUCGUAUGCUGGGAGGUGAUGUCGUACGGCGAGAGGCCGUACUGGAAUUGGUCGAAUCAAGAUGUGAUAAAGUCGAUCGAGAAGGGCUACAGGCUUCCAGCGCCGAUGGAUUGUCCGGAGGCUAUCUACCAGCUGAUGCUCGAUUGCUGGCAGAAAGAGCGCACCCAUCGGCCGACCUUCGCCAAUCUCACGCAAACCUUGGACAAGCUCAUACGAAGUCCAGACACGCUGAGAAAAAUCGCUCAGAACAGGGGCACAAAUCCACUGGCGCCAGAUGCGGUGGACCUAACGCAAUUGAAUUCCGUCGGCGAAUGGCUGGCUUCCAUCAAGAUGUCACGAUACGCGGAGAGCUUCGAGCGGGCGGGCGUAACGACGCUGGAGGCGGCGGCGCGCGUCACCGUCCAGGAGCUCACGGCCCUUGGCAUAACACUCGUGGGACACCAGAAGAAGAUCAUGAACAGCGUUACGGCGUUACGGGCGCAAAUGUCCGCCACGUCACAGGGUUUCCUCGUGUAACCGCCACCGCGACCUCAAAUUCCGUAAACGGAGAUUAAAUCGUAUGUAGAAAUCGGCUGAUCGGCACAUCGGAAUACACAUCGCUACCCCCAUGGAUCUCACGAAUUGCCGCUUACUCGAGGUGCCCCGACGCGUCGCCUCCGCGAGGAGGGAAACGACGAUUCCCUCAUGUAUCAUCUAGGACUCGUGAUUACCUAGUCAGAGCGACGAUGUCUUCAAGAGAAUAUCUCUUCGCGCGCAAACAGAUCCGAUGAGCUAACUGGUGGUCGACUCGAGGCGAAGCUUUCACGAUACCACCGAAGCGAGACGCCGUCUCACUUUAACCAGAGAGAUUUAAACUACUCGUGCUGCAGACAUUCCACGUUAGCGAGAGUCGAAAGAAAAGCCAUUUUUCGCAUUUACGAUUUCCCCUCAGGAAUGAGAGGGAAAACGAGGACCACACAUUCGCCAUCUCGCAUCUACUGCCACAUGCAACGACUUUUACCGUAUUCAUAGGACGACACACUAUUACGAAACUUCUGCGAUCUAUAAGUGUCAAAGAGAUCCUGAAAGAUCGCUGAUGAAAGGCUCUUAACGGGAUCAAUACGUAACCGAAAGACUCCCCUAUACGAACAACGAGCACCAAUACUCUUUCGUUUCCUAGGCCGUUUCUGUGACCGAUCUACCUGCAGAUCAGACUGACAACGGAAACAAACGAGCCAUCCCUAAUCACUGCCACAAAAAUCUUUCGUUACUAAUAAACGCCCUUCUGUUAGUUUAAAGUACUUGUGUGACAGCUGUUGGAUUGUAUACAUUGUAUAUUUUUCUUCGGAGACUUUCAUUGAGAUUUACAGCAAAUUUUUUUUUUACUAUUCUAUAAUCGCGCUUGCUAAGUUUUGUAACAUUUUGUACUGAACGGCAGCUCAUUUUAGUAGAUACGUAUUUUAUCUGCGAUAUAGAUAGGACAUUGAACGGCGAACAUAUCGGCCUAAAUGCCGUUCGAAUAUGUCUGUUCCUGGACUCUUUUUUUUUUAAGUACUAAAGUUAUGUGUUUGUCUAACAAUCGACAUAGCAAUACGCAUCUGACAAGGAGAAAACGACGAUUAGAAAAAUAGAGAAUCGUAUCACGAAAGAACUGUACCAAAAAUCGGAUCGUAAUAGUUCCCAAGAUCCCGAAAUCGGUAGCGUGGCAACAGUGUAGGUUCAUUAUUUCGUGUAGCGAAUGUAGCGAGUGCAUUACACUAUUACGCGUAUGUCGCCUCGUCAAUGUACACGAUCGAGAGCAAGGGCGAACAUUAGCGAGAUGUCAUUAUUAACUCUUUACGCUGAAUUACGAUUCAUGCCUUUGCGUUACCUAUAUAAGAACGUCGUACACGCGGCCUAUAUACAGGAUGAGGAAAAAGUAUGGAAACUCUGAUAAAUCUCGAGAAAUAUAAGUUUUACAAAAAAGUGUUUCAGAUAAAAUUUAGGAUUCAGCUACCUAAGACAAGUUUGGAUGAUCCUCCUCCGAUCUUGCCUUAGAUGGCCGGAUUCUCGUCUAAUCUCGCUUUAGGUGGUCGAAUCUUUAUUCGAUCUUGCAUUACAUAGCCGGAUCUUUUUCCUUCACUUUACGAGUUAUUUGAUAUUUAACAUUAAAAAGUAUUAUUACAUAUUUUAAAAUAUUUCAGGAAAUUUUUAAUUGAAAGAAGCUUUAUUAUAGUGUUCUGAAAAUUUAUUAGAGUGUUCUCAAUAAGGGCUAUUAAAUUGUGCAAUAAAACACGAGAUCACAUUUUAAAAAUUCAACUAGAUUUUAUCCUGACACAACGCCGUCCGAGGUCAAACUGAUGAGUCGAGUAAAUAGAACUUUUUAAACACUAUAAGUUUUAUCUGAAACAUUUUUUUGUUAAACUUAUAUUUUUUGUCUUCAUACUUUUCCUCACCUUAUAUAUCCGAUAAAAAGUCUACAUAUAAUCAAAUAUAAAUACAUAUAAUUAUAGAAAUUCCAUACAUGUCUUAACCAUAUAUACAUAGAAAUAAUAAUAAAAAUAAUUAAAAAAUUUUUUUAAUAUUUUUUGCAUUUGCAUUUUUUUUUUUUUUUUUGUAAAUUAUAUAAAAGAAGGGAAAUAUGUGAAACAUAUAUUUUAUAUAUAUUUGAUUAUAUGUAAACUUGUUUAUCGGUAGGUAUACCUUUCGAUUAUAACGAUAAACAAUGAAACGAACGAAGCGGACAUGUGCCAACGCGAAUGUGCAGAAGUUAUCUUAGCGCGAGACUGCGUGAUACGGGAAUAAAUGAGAGAAAAAUAUGAGAGCAGCGCGUGAAUGCGAGUGCGAGUGAUAUUGCGUUGGUGAGUGAGGAGAAUCUGUCACGGCCCAUUUUUCGCGCUAUAUUUGUAUGUACACGAGCGUGUGAUCACGAAAUUAUUCUGUAUAAUUAUAUAUAUAUAUAUUAUUACAUAUAAAGAUAGAUAUUGUGUUACAAAUAUAACAUUGUGAAAAGGGACGAACGGGAGUAAAUCUCUCUCGAUGAGAAAAAGCACAAGAGACAUCUGUUCGCGUCAUAGAACAAAAGAGCGCGAAGUGACGUGAAGACAAACGGUUUCAAAUGCGUCCCCUAUUAGCAAGCAAUGCGUUAACAUAUCAACAUUAUCGCGGGAUGCAACGCGAGCGCGAGAAGGAAUUCAAGAGUAGUCGAAACUAUUCUGAUUAAUCUUCGAGUCUUCGGAUUCUAGCGAACGACUGAAAGAAAAGAGAAAAGUCAGCCGGAAAAAAGAGAAUAACGUAAAAAGAGAAUAAACGUGAAGUCAGAUGGUGUAAGAUACACAGAUAAAAUACUCACGUAUACGUACGAGCGACGAUGCGUGCGACUAAUACGAGGCACGCGCGUCCACGGGGUAGCUCUUUUUGAUUUUUAUACACACACACACACACACACACACACAGUCCGACCGAGGAGUUUUCCUCGCGAAGCAACGUCCAUUCCAAUAUACAUGUAUUCAUAUAAAAGAAAACCGUUUCUUUUCUUUAAAAGACGAAAGAAAGAGAAGGCGGACGAGAGGCUUGCUUCACCGUAUCUCGUUACAUCCGCAUUCACUAAUCAUAAAGACUGCAUCCCGGGUCGCGGUACGUUUACACCCGGGAUACACACGUUACUGGCGACUUGUCUUAAAAAGAGACCAACGAAGCGGCAGACAUAUUGCGUACGGAAAUGUUGCGUGAGAUUAAAACGGCUUCCAAGUGAGUCCGGCGAGCCACGGAGAAAUUCUUUUAUUUUCUAAUUUAACGCUAGUAAUGUAGUCGGCGGCGUAUAACGAGGCGGCGUUGGAUCGCGUCGAACAGAAGCGGUAGACGCGCUUCGGCAGGCGAGAUUUCUCGCGCUCGAUAAAAUACAAGACAACGACAAAGCGAACGUCUUUCGCGCAGUCCUAGCCAAUUCUCUACCUAUCGCUCUCCCCCUUCCUUUUAAUCGAAGAAGAGGCGAAAGUCUUGCGUCUGCAAAGCGCCAAACCGGUGAUUAAAAUCGAUCGGUCUCGCUUUUAUCGCAAAGCGCGAUCCAACGAUGCUUCCCUUGUAAACGAAAUGUUGCUCGAAGUCGUACUCCAAGCGAUGAGUGCCGGGAUACGCUUUGAUGUCUUUCGACUCGCCGUACUUUCUUCCGCGUACGUAUCGAGACAAAGAAAACGGAAAGGAAGUGCGAAAGGCAUCGCGGAGGGCCGCGCGGCGAGAGCAAAAUAGGAAAAAAAAAACAAAAAGAAGAGAGAGAAGGCUACUGAAAAAAAGGCGAUGAUUAAGAAGCAAUAAGUGAAUACACGCAAAUGCAGAUUUUUAUAUAGAGAAUGUUAACAAAUUUCAGAAAAUAUUAAUUAUCGAUAGCGCUAUCUUCCUAAAUGUUCGUAUUAAAGAUUAAACAAAAAAAAAAGGUACGAUAAGACGUAAGGGCGUGAUCGCGCGCGGAGUUUCGGCCGAAAGGGUGAGCGAAAGAUGGGAGAGCCGCGCGCAAGGCGAAUUCGCGCUGCGACUACGACUGUAAUAAACCUCCGGUAAUAAUAAUACGGCCGGGAUUCCGCGGGCGGAUGGGAAAAGGUCUUUAGAACUUUCUCAAGCUGUAACUGUCUGUGUUUUAGCGACGAGUCUGCGAGUGCAACCUGAAGUUUUGCGGAUGCUGUUAAUUUCAAUAUUUAGAUUUCAUAGAGCUCUAUCAAUAUCACACAGAAACACACAUACACACACGGCCAUGUGUUAAGCACAGGGGGAGAAAAAAUGCGCGAAACCGAGAAUAUAUUAGUUGCGUAGGACUUCUCCGAUUUUUUUCUUUCGUUCCCUCGAUCCUCCGCAAAAAUCUUGGGUUCUCGUUCUACAGGUUGAACUUUUUUCUCUUUUUGUUUCUUUUUCAUUUAGAAAAGAGCGUAGUUACGCGUCACACACUUUCAAAGCUUUCGGAGAGAAAAGAGCAGCAGGAAAAAGUCUGAGAAAUCAAAAUUGCUUCAAUCCGCCCGAAUGUUUCCGUUGCGGUGAAUUUUUUUACUCUUUUUUUUGCCCAUUUAGCUUUUUUUUCAAUUUGCCGACAGAGAGAGAGGAAGCGAGAACGACAAGCGGGGCUGAGGAAAGAAAAUCGCCUCUCGCGUUUCGCUUAAUCCUGUGUAAUCAAUUUUAACUCUAUUACUAUUUAUUAAAAGAAGAAAAACUUAUUUAUUUCUUAGAGAUCUGACUAAAUUGCAAAACGUUCUAAUUAUCAUAAGUUAUCUAUUACUAUUUAGUGGCGAGACGACGUAGGGCAGAACGACGUAUUCUUCCCCUAUUUUUCCGAGUUUUCGAGAACCGGAAAACUCUAUCUUGUAAAAAGAAGAUGAAACGAAGCUAACAGCUACAGUGAUAAAUACGAGCGUCGUAUCGAAUCUGUACGCAGCUAUUAUAUUAUAUUAUUUUUAAUUAAGCGUUAAUUAAAUGACUUACGAGCGCGUUGUUUUCAUGUUUUUUUUUUUAUUUUUACUUUCUUACGACUCUCUUUACAGCGAACUCUGUCAAAGUACCUGCUUCGAAAAACGAAAAUCUGCGAGGAAAAGCAAAGCAUUACAGGUACCGUCCCAUAUAUUAUACAUAAUUCACAGAGAAAAAGGAAAAGAAAGAGAGAGACAGACACACACGUACCACACACGCGCGUCGCGUAACCAUCUUGCAUACACACACGUACGAUAAUUUAUAUACACUCGCUGAACUGAGUUUUCAUAUAAAGGAAAAGACAAAAUUGGUUAAGUGAAUCACCUCCGUGUGUCUUCGAUUCAAUUGUAUAAAGGAAAAUGCAAAGGGGGAGGGGGGAAAAAAAGUGCGAGCAAGGAGUUACUGUCGACAAAUUUUGGAACGUGUCUAAAAAUAAUUUUUCCUAUGGUGUUGUCAAGACGAUGUUGAAUGUACAUAAGAUAUAAUAAAUAAUAUACCUUAUACGAUGUAAA